UUCUUCCCGACAGACACGCCCGCCGCAAACAGCCACCGCACACUCGACCUUUCCCUCACCCGACGCAAGACAGGCAGCCCAGGCCCGCGACACGUCCCGUAUAAUCGCCCGGUGCGAUUGCGACAGCCCCACCUUCACCUCAUCCCGCCCACCACCAAUCGCCUUAAAAUCCCACACGACUCGCUACCAUCGUCUUUGUAGCAUCUUCACCGCCCCAUUACCCCAUAAUCUCCCUACAAACCCCAAACACAACCUCCACAAUGGCCGAAGUUGCAUCAGCAUCGCACGCCGACCAGCAGGUGCCGCUGGACACCAUCCCCAUCUCGCCCACUGAGAACUCGGGCGAGGGCCAGGAACAAUCUUCCACCACCAACUCCGGCGGCGAGGGCGAGAUCCGCACCGUCUUCCACGACCCCGAGAACUUCAACGUCAAGCACCCGCUUAUGAACACAUGGACGCUGUGGUUCACCAAGCCCCCGAGCGGCAAGGGCGACAACUGGGCUGAGCUGUUGAAGGAAGUCAUCUCGUUUGACUCGGUCGAGGAGUUUUGGGGCAUCUACAACAACAUUACCCCCACAUCCGACCUCGCGCUGAAGUCCGACUACCACCUCUUCAAGAAGGGCAUCAAGCCCGAGUGGGAAGACCCGCAGAACAAGCACGGCGGCAAAUGGGCCUUCCAGUUCAGGGAGAAGAAACAGGUCAACAUCGAUGCGCUCUGGCUCCAUGUCAUGCUUGCUGCCAUCGGCGAGAACCUCGAGGACGAGGACGACAACGAAGUCAUGGGUGUCGUCGUCAACGUUAGGCGAGGCUUCUACCGUAUCGGUCUAUGGACACGCACUGUCGGCCGCGCCAUCCCCGGCGAUGCAGGCAAGGGCAGGACCCAGGAGAAGGGCAAGGAGAUUCUGCUGAAGAUCGGAAAGCGGUUCAAGCAGGCGCUCCAGCUCAAGGAGAACGACGUCGUCGAGUUCUCUGGCCACACCGAGGCUGCCAACGCGGGCAGCACUCGUGCGAAGGCCAAGUUCAGCGUCUAAAAGGUUCCACCACACAUCCAAGUCUGCCACACGAUGCUUGCUACUUGCAACAUCCUCCGUCGUCCUCGGACACACGGCGCACCCCACCCUUGGGCUGCAUUUCCUCGAUUUAUUCCCUGUUUGGUCUAAAAGUAUCUCGCUUAACGGUUCAUGAUACACGGACUGAAUUUCUAGCAUGGCGUCUGCAUGGGCGGCGAAGGGUGACACUGGGUUCUCCACAUGGAUCAUAUGGCCAUGGC